GUGGCUGUCGGGUUUCGAAUCCCCGCGCCGACCCUCGCCCUCGGCGCGGGCUGCUGAGUCGCGGGCGCAGCCUUUGGUCCCCCGCAUCAAUCAUUAACGGGCCAGCUCGGGCUUCUGCGACCCGAGGGAGGGGGGAUGGAACGGCUGCUCCAAGGCUCAGGUCUUCUCGUGAACCUGCAGCGACGCCCCCGGCGCGUGCACAAAGGCUCCGACGGCAGCCGGCGGGGACUGGCGAGCGCGCCGGAGCCGGCGCCAGAGGUCGCCUGUGCGCGCCCUAGCCAAGCCCCGGGCACCAUGCCGCGGCGCCUGCAGCCCCGGAGCGCGGGCACAAAGGGCCCGCCCGGCACGACCGCGGCGGCUUCGGAGGCCGCCUCACGCCCCCACCCCUCACCCUCCGGGGACGCUCCGGCCUCCGCCAAGCCGCUGCUGCGCUGGGACGAGGUGCCCGACGACUUUGUGGAGUGCUUCAUCCUGUCGGGCUACCGGCGGCUGCCGUGCACGGCGCAGGAGUGCCUAGCCUCGGUGCUGAAGCCUACCAACGAGACGCUGAACUUCUGGACGCACUUCAUCCCACUGCUGCUGUUCCUGAGCAAGUUCUGCCGCCUGUUCUUCCUGAGCGGCCGCGACGUGCCCUUCCACCAUCCGUGGCUACUGCCGCUGUGGUGCUACGCUUCGGGCGUGCUGCUGACCUUCGCCAUGAGCUGCACGGCGCACGUGUUCAGCUGCCUGUCGCUGCGCCUGCGCGCAGCCUUCUUCUACCUGGACUACGCGUCCAUCAGCUACUACGGCUUUGGCAGCACUGUGGCCUACUACUACUACCUGCUGCCCGGCCUGAGCUUGUUGGACGCCAGGGUGAUGACCCCGUACGUGCAGCAGCGCCUGGGCUGGCACGUGGACUGCACGGGCCUCAUUGCCGCUUACCGCGCGCUCGUGCUGCCCGUGGCCUUCCUGCUGGCCGUGGCCUGCACCGUGGCCUGCUGCAAGAGCCGCACCGACUGGUGCUCUUAUCCGUUCGCGCUGCGCACCUUCGUCUUCGUCAUGCCCCUGAGCAUGGCCUGCCCCAUCAUGCUCGAGAGCUGGCUCUUCGACCUGCGGGGCGAGAACCCCACGCUCUUCGUGCACUUCUACCGCCGCUACUUCUGGCUGGUGGUGGCCGCCUUCUUCAACGUGAGCAAGAUCCCCGAGCGCAUCCAGCCGGGCCUCUUCGACAUCAUCGGCCACAGCCACCAGCUCUUCCACAUCUUCACUUUCCUCAGCAUCUACGACCAGGUGUACUACGUGGAGGAGGGCCUGCGCCAGUUCCUUAAGGCGCCGCCGGACGCGCCCACCUUCUCGGGCACCGUGGGCUACAUGUUGUUGCUGGUUGUCUGCCUGGGGCUGGUCAUCAAGAAGUUCCUCAACAACACCGAAUUCUGCGCUUCUUCAGAGCCUGUGAGUGAGUUGCAGAAUUAGCGUUUACGGAUAGGUCAGAGGCCGGGAAUGCUCAUUUGGCUGUUAAUUGUGGCAGGAUGUGACUUUUGAAAGCUCUGAACACAUACCUAGAGGCAGCAAAAUGCUCAUUUAUUGACUAUUGAACUCAGUGGAACACAGCUUUGCGUUUGAGCUUUUGAAAAUGUUCUCCGAUGUAUUGUGCUUCUAAAUGUAACGCACGACCUUUAAUACGUUUUGUUCUUGAACAGUCUCUGAAAACUGUUCCAACCGUGGCAUUUCUUGAAUGUGCAGCGUUAUUCUCCAGCGUGUAAAAGUGGCUGGCCACCUUUCUCAUGCCUUAUACUCCACCUAAAAUAUGCAAUAAGCACUCAAGCAGGAGUGGAGGGGUCUUCGGUUGGGUUUUUAACCAUGCUGUAGAGAUGGCCCUGCCCCUCACAGCUCACCACAACAUUGAGAAAGGACCCCGUGUAAAUAACCCUUGUUUCCAGAUGGAGUACAGGGACACAUUAACAUCAUUUCUCCUUUUAGGUCCAUCUCCAGUUAGAAAGCAUGAUCUGUUUGUAAUAUGCUGGAUGCAAAAAUGAAAACUAAUAGGCAAAAUUUUUAGAGAAGAAUUCUAAUUUUAUAUUUUAAAAGUUUAUAAUAGCAAUUUGUUUGUAAAAACUGGCCUUUGCACAUAGAUGAGAACCAGCGCUUUUUGGAAAGCCUCAUCUUUGUCCUGGGAGUUUAAUCACCUGGAGCUCUUACCCAAAUGAUAAAGACCUACAAGGUCUUGAAAAAUGUAAAUAGUGUAUAGUUUAAAAAAGGAUAAAACAAUUUUUUUAAAAGAAGAAAACAGGUCAGCUAUGUUAUAGGUGUGUCACAAGGCUAAAUUUAAGUCUUUUUAAAAUUCUAGUUAGAAACAUCAUUAAAUUCACUCUCCCAGCAAGGCUUAGCGCAGAAGGUCUACUUUUCUACCAGGUUGGUCUUUUAUGGAGGCUAUGAGCAAAAUUGUUCCAACUAAGCAACUGAGUACCAAGGCAGUAAAGAAAUGAGGCCCAGUUGAGUUUGAUGAGGGUUCACUCACAGUGGAUAACAUAGCCAGUAAAAUGUAUAGCCCUGGACACUCCACUCCUAGUUUCUCUGGAGCGGAAAGAAGCGUAAAGCCUCAUGCCAUCAAUCCACAGACCAGGAAAAGGCUGUGUUUCAGGGCUGGGGGAGGACGCUGUGGCCGCUCUCUUCUCUAAAUAAAGCACGUGGUAGCUCUGAACUCUCUUCGUAUCAGCCUUCUCCCAGGCCAUGGCCAUCACCCCUGAAGCCUUCACUUCCCAACUCAGCCUUGAAGACAAAAGGUUUCUAAAAAGAUUCCAUGUGUAUUUAGGCCAUCUCAAACCAUCUGCCUUAGGAGGUUCAUCCAUUUCUAAACUGAGGAUUUAAAUACAAUGACUGUGCUCAGAUUUACAAGAAUGUACAACCAGCAGGUCCCCUUUUGCGGUCAAGGGCAUUAAUUGAAGGGCCAUACUCACUUUUUCCUCAGGUCAGAGGCACACGGAGGAUUUAACAGUGACCAAAUAGAGCCCUCGUUGUGUCAGUAUUUUUUAAGUUCAUUUAAUGGUGAUAAUGGAGGAAGAAGGGAGUAAAGGAAAAUGCAGGCAUGAAAAAAGAAACUAAUAGUUUCUAGUUUUUCCACUGCUUGCUAAAUGAAUUCUUCUUAGGCUACCUUAACUCCAGUCACCACCUAGAUCUUAAACAGCUGUGUUUAGCUAGCUGGCGAGGUUUUCUCAGGAUGUGUGGACGGGGGCUACGAUGUGGUUUCAAAUCAUUGGUGUAUUCUGCCAGAAAAGGAUUAUUUAAUCAUAAUCCCCUGUUACCUGAUAAAUUAAGCAAAAUAAUCCAUAGAAAUAACUAUCACUUGGUCAGUUCUGUGCAUGUAGCUGAACAAAAUUGUGACUCUUUUCUGUUGUAUCAUGAUUUGGGUUUUCUGAGACAUUUGUUCCCUAUGAUCUUGAACGUGAACAUCUGUAUAAAUAACUAUUCAUUUUUUGCUGAAAAACAAAUGUAUGAAAUAAGAAUAAAUUAUU